AUGGUUUCCCAGGACGCCAACAUCCCCUUCCCUCGGACCUCUGGCGCUCGUUUCUGCGGCACCGGCUGUCUGGUUUAUUUCACUCGACCAAUCACCAUGCACCGCUCUGUCCCGCCCACCGAGCCCACUCCCAGUGUUGACUCCGAUGAAGAUGGAUUCAAGUCUCAGAGCUCCCUGCGGCUGUACAGCGGCAGCCCCACUCGCUCCGACAAAGACACCGUGUCCAUCUCGUCCUUCUACUAUAAAGAACGGAAAUCCCGCCGGUUUAAGACCAAGCGAGAGGGGGCGGACUACGGCAACCGUCCCAUCAAACUGGCGGGGAAGGUCAUCAUCCAGGAGAUUUCCUGUCUGCUGCCCGUCCACAAAGCUCUGGGAGAGAGCUACAUUCUGAACAUGAACGACAUCCACGAGACGUGUCAGAAGAACGCAGCGGCGUCGCUCAGCGUCGGACGCAGAGACGUCGCCAAGGUGUGGGCUCUGGCCUCUGCAGCCACCAGUCAGGACCUGAGUCCCGACUCUGACCCGGACUCAGAGACCCCUUGGGCCAGACACCCGUUUGGGCGCCACCUGCUGGAGACUCUUUUGGAUCACUACAGUCACAUGAGUGAUGUCCAGACUCUGGCGAUGCUGUGCAGCGUGUUCAGAGACCAGACUGCCCCUCCAGACUGUUUCUCUCUGUACGGACAUCAUCCGUCACGCUCCUCCCUGCUGCCGCCACACCACUCCCGAUACCCCAGCUACACAUCCAGCUCCGUCACCUCGGGCUCGUGCUCCAGCACCUCGGACUCCAUCGCCACCGUCAACUGGAACUCAGGUAGAGACUCUGAGCACGCCAACCCGUGGGGCGAGUCCUCCCCUGACGACUAUCGCUAUGGCAACCAGGGUUACACCGAUCCACGGGAAAGAGAGCGAGAACAGCACGACAUGAACAAAAGACUGCUGGACCCCGCCAACACGCUGCAGUUUGACGACUUUAAGAAGUGUUACGGGGAGAUCCUGCACCGCUGGGGUCUGAGGGAGAAAAGAGCCGAGGUGCUGAAGUUCGCCUCUUGCCCUCCAGAACCUCACAAAGGCAUCGAGUUCGGCGUGUACUGCUGUUACUGUCGCAGUCAAGCUCGCGGCACGCAGUGCGCCGUGUGCAAGCGGCUGACCUUCCAGUGCGCCAUCUGUCACGUGGCCGUCCGCGGUUCCUCCAACUUCUGCCUGAGCUGCGGCCACGGAGGACACACCAGUCACAUGAUGGACUGGUUCCGGCGCCAGGACGAGUGUCCGGCCGGCUGCGGCUGCCACUGUCUGCUGCAGAGCACCUUCUGAUGCCACGGACGCCUCGCAGACGGAAACCAACGCACCUCCUGGGAGAGACGGGCGGGGUGACGGGGACGGAUCUGAGCCUCUGACGCACGGAGAAUCAAACAGCUGAUGGCAACGCUAGUCCGUCCAACAGAGGAUAAAAUCCUCCUGACAGAACCAGAGAAAACUGAACCGGACUCUCUCUGUUUUGGACACUUUGCUUAAAGGUCCCAUGACAUGGUGCUCUUUGGAUGCUUUUAUAUAAACCUUAGUGGUCCCCUAAUACU